AUGAGAGAGAAUACUGUAACAUAUCCAGACAUAUGGGAUGUAUUGACAAGUGGCACUACAUUAUCGUGUCCUAUUCGUGUAGCAGAGAGUAUACAUCAAUUUCAAUUGUGGCUUCUUCGCCUUCUUAGUGCACCGGCACCAAUUCCUGGCUGUACAUGUGUGUAUCUUUCAUUCCAACCGCCAACCGUCAGUUCACCUUUAUGCUUUGCUGUCCCGGAUCAAUCACGUCUUCCAUUGGUUGAUUUUCCUGUGACUCUACCUUUUGAAAUUAUGGGCAUCAGAAAAGCUCUACGCUUAAUUAUGUGUCUUCUAUUGGAACAAAAAGUAGUUCUACAAUCAUCGGAUUAUAAUAAAUUAUCUUUAACAAUUUUAUCAUUGGUUGCAUUACUCUAUCCUUUACAAUAUAUGUUCCCAGUUAUCCCAUUACUGCCUGCAUGUAUGCCUGAUGCAGAACAGCUUCUAUUAGCACCUACUCCAUAUUUAAUCGGUGUCCCGACAGCAUUUUAUACUGCACGAAAAAUUUUCCGUAUGCCAAAAGAUGUUUGGUUAGCUGAUUUGGAUACUCGUGAAUUAUCUUACCCCAUGGUGGUUGAUGAAAUACCUGAGUUGCCUGAAAUUGAAAGUAACAUUCUCAUUAGUCAUUUGAACAAGUUACUUCAUGAAUUUUCAAAUUCACCACAUAUGGAUUUAGAUUUGUCCGAUUCUUCGAAACAUUGGUCUCCUUCUAUAGCACGUGCAACUGCAUUAGAACUAUCGAAAUUUGAUCCUUUAUUGUAUACUCUUACUAAAGACUCUGUGGAUGUUGCUAUACGUGUAUGUAUGAUUCUUUUCUUCAAUACAAAAAACAUUCUCGGAGGAUUUACUAAUCAUAUACGUACUUUACGAUUGUUUCCUCGACCGGUAGUUGCAUUUCAAUAUGAAAGUUUUAUGAAGUCUCGUCCAAAACCUUGUUUAUUUACUAGUAUGCUUGCAAAAACUCAGGCUGUAGAAUAUUUUGCUGAAUCAUCUAUAUCUGCAUACAAUGAAAGUUAUCAACGUAUUUAUUCUGGUGUUUAUGCACCAAAUUUAAUUGGUGACAAAUUAGCUUGGUAUAAGAAUCAAUUAAAAGUCAUUACAUUCAAUUGUUGGGAUAAAUUAAUCGAUUUUGCUCAUGUGAUUGUUGAACCAAAUCACUCAUCCAAUCAUCAAUUAUCAACAUGUUGUAAUACCGAUCAGUCAAGAUUAUUAUUAUUAUAUCAAGCUGUUGAAUUAAUACAUUCUACUAAGAACAGACGAGCACAUACUACUACUACUGAUGAUGUUGAUGGUGAUGAUGAUGACAUGUGUAUGGAGGAGAUUGAUAAAGAUAGCGGGAAUGAUUUUUCAGAGUAUGAUGAUCAAAUGAUGAAUGAUUUUAACGUCAUGUUUAAAACGUAUUCCGAUGAUUCUGAUUCCAUUUAUUCACCUGACACCGUUAUAUCUGAUUGUCAAUUGUCAAAUCAAAUGAAAGAUUGUAUUUUAGCUCAAGCAAAUCAACCAUUACCCGAUUGUUUCAUUGAAUUUUAUACUCCACCGAAAAAAUUUGUUCAUACUAAUGAAUCGAAUGUAUGUCGUAGUGUAUCAUCGGAAAUUGCGGAUAGUAAAUUGUCAAAUAUUGAAAGUCAACUGUCAGACGCCAAUGGAAAAAUCAAGAAGAAUAUAAAUGAGCAGUUGAUGAAUGCGAACAGCAACACAGGAUUGCAAUCAUUUACAGUGUCAACUAAUUCAACUAGUGGUACUUUAACUAGAUCAUCGUCUGUUUCAUCGAAACAUUCCAUAAAUGAUACUUUACAUUUGGUAUCUCGUUUAUCGUCUUCCAUAUUUACGAAUAACAGUAAUAAUAAUAUUAAUAAUAGUAAUAAUAAUAAUAAUAAUGUUUCAAAAAGGAAUUCUGAUGAUGAUAAUUUAGGUUGGGAUUCAUCUGUCACUUUAUUAUUUGGUGAUUUAUUAAAAUCAAAUCGUCUUCGAAGUCUGACUUUCAAAGAUGUUCCAUUAUCUGCUAUGCAAAUUCAUAAAAAACGAUUGGAGAAUGAACGCACAAUUAUUGAUUUGUCCAAAUCGAUUAAACAAGGUCGAAUACCAAAUAUAUUUUCACGUAAUCAUAUCAAUACAUUAUUGCAAGAUGAGAAUUAUCGGAAUUUAUUAAUGGCUCGUAUAAAUGAGAAUCUUGCAAAAAAUGUUUUACCAAAUCAACCGCAUAUCGACAAUGUGCCUAUUCAACAAUGGGAUCAGUAUAAAGCAAUUCUAUGGACUUUAAAACAAAUGAUCAAUGGUUUAGAGUAUAGUUUUCGACCAGAUAUUCUAUUUCCAACUACCAAUCAAUAUGAUCGACUGAAUCGACGAGAUCAAUCACCUUUGUCGUCAACUGCACCAAAUUCAUUGACCAAUAAUACUACUAGUAAUACAACUAGUACUAGUUGGUUAACUUAUUCAACGGGUAUGUUAAAAACUGGUGGUUUAGCUUCUGCAUUUAUGCUUAUGGAAAUUGCCCAUACACAUUAUUAUCGAUUACCGAAUCGUACAAAUAAUCAUGCUAUGAAUAAUAAUCAGAAUGAAUCAUUCUUAUGGAAUAGUAUGCCAACUACACCGACUACUGAAGUAAGAUCACCGUUAAUGUCGACAAGAAUUAAUGCCAACAAUGGUUAUGCAUCAUCAGUUCGAUAUACGAAUGAUCGAUUAGAUUUGUCCGACUGUGAAUCAUACAAUGGCAGUCGCACAAAACUAGAUUUAUUACCCGGUCAUGGGAGUAGUCAUCAAUUCACCAAUGUUAUUGUUACAAUGAGUGAACCGUCAUCAGAUAAAGAAGAACAAGACAAUGGGCGAAUUCAAUCGAGCCAUUUGUUUAAAUCAGAUAGUGUUGAUUUAAUGAAACAAAAUGUUCAAUUGUUCAAUCAUACAAAUAUUAAUAAUAAUAAUAAUAGUAAUAAUAAAAAUACACUCAACACUAUCAAUACUACUUAUAAAAAAUUCGAAAAAUUAUCAACUUCAGAUACGAAACUACAUGAAUCCUCCAUCAACAAGAUGAAACAACUAGCUCGUGAUAAUCACGAUGAUGAUGAUGAUGAUGAGCGACGUCUACCAACCGAUUGUAUCCCGGAAUUACCGAUACGUAAAAGUCAACGAAGUUUUGGUUAUAGAUAUUAUCAUUCAUAUUUAAUUCUAACGGAUCCAUCAAUCAUUUCCAAUGCCACGGAUCAUUCAAUUCAUGAGGAGGAUACAACCAAUUGUCUAAUCUAUAAUUCCACUGCAUUGCAUAAUUCAACAACAACAACAGUGACAACUACACCGCCAGCAAUCUAUUGUCCAAAUAUCAAAUUUCAUUUUAAUCAAUCGCAAUCAGAUCAUGAAAAUGAUGAAAAUGUUGAUUAUUAUCAUGAUCACGAUCAACACCAACAACCGCAGCAGCCGGAGCAACAAGUUCCACCAGUAGAACAACCAUCACAAAAUAUGUGUCAACUGACUCUAUUGACACCAACUCCAUCUCCACCGAUUGCGACAUCAACAUCAUCAUCAUCACCAUUAUCAUCAUCCUCGUCUUCAUCGUUGUCAGCCAAUCGAUCAACUAUGAAUAAAAUAGUGCCAUGGACUUAUUUAUUUGAAGAUAUUUUUAAUGUUGACUUGCAAAAAUUCAAAAUAUUGAAUAAUUUACAAUUUUGGGAAGAUUGUUUUUUAGAUACAGUUGCACAAGAACGUGAUAUACUUGGUAUGGAUUUUCGACCAAAAGAUUUAUUAUACAAAUAUCACAAUGCUUCCUCCUUAUUGAAACGUAAACAAAUGGAAUUAGAAGAAGAUUGUUUAUUAGUGAAUAUUAUGCAUAAUAUGAUUGCAUUUAUGUUAAUGUCUAAUGUGAAUCGUACAUUGAUACGUAAAAAAUUACAACGUCUACUUGCAAAAAGUCAUACAGGUUUACAUUAUUCUAAAAAAAUUAAUGAUUUAUUAAAUUCAUUGGAUUAUUUAAAUGGAAAUGAUAUUGAAUUGAAUGUGGCACAAAGUCGUUUCAUUGUACAACGUUCACAUGAAGCAUAUCGCGGUUCAGAUGACAGUGGUGAACUUAUCUUUCUUGAAGUUUGCUCUGAUUAUUUGUUAAUUCGUAAUUUAUCUGGACGUAUAUUAGAACGUUUAUGGUAUGAUGAAGUGAUCAAUUUGACUUACAGAUCAAAUGCACAUGUAUUGUGUAUAACAAGACAAAUUGUUGAUCAUUCACAAAUGGAUUUAUUUUAUACUCGAAAAGUAAGCACAUUAUUGUAUUGGUCUGUGAUGAUGAUGUUUUGAACAGCAUAUCAUUGUAUGGGUAUGUAGUAAAUAGG